UAAUAACGGACGUCGAGACGCUCGUGAAGACAUCAGUAUUGUUGUUCCCCAAUCUGGUGGUUUGCAUGAAUCUGUCGAGUAUUGGAGAGUUGUUGGAUAGUUUGUUAUUGGCAGCAUUUCUUUUCAAAGUACAGUGAUAACAGAUUUGUUCCGACGUGUAUGUAUUGUAUUUGUAUGUAUUUCACGGGAGGUCACUAAAUUGUCUUUCAACGUUAAAACUGGAAGCUAGCAGCUAGCUUCAGCUGCUAAAUGACAGUUGAGGCAGGUACAUACAGGAUAUUGUCAUCUAAAACUGAAACGGUUUGGUUAAAGUUUGAUAAGCUGACCAUUUGGUAAAUUCCCUGCAAUUCCAAGUUGCCCUGACAAAAAGGUCUAUGAUGGGUAUGACCAAUAGAAUAGAGUGUAUAUUUUUCAGUGAGUUUCACCCCACCCUGGGUCCAAAGAUAACAUAUCAGGUCCCAGAGGAAUACAUUUCACGGGAGCUCUUUGACACAGUUCAGGUUUAUAUUAUCACCAAGCCAGAACUGCAAAACAAAUUAAUAACAGUCACUGCCAUGGGAAAAAAGUUAAUCGGUUGUCCUGUGUGCAUCGAACAUAAAAAGUACAGCCGGAAUGCCCUCCUGUUUAACCUCGGCCUCGUUUGUGAUGCCCAGACCAACACGUGUGCCCUUGAGCCGAUUGUCAAGAAGCUGUCUGGCUACCUCACAACUCUGGAGCUGGAGAGCGGCUUUAUAUCCAAUGAGGAGAGCAAGCAGAAACUUUUACCCAUAAUGUCGACAUUGCUGGAAGAUCUUAAUGCGACAGGAGCCUGCACAUUACCCAUUGAUGAGUCCAACACCAUCCACCUCAAGCUGAUCCAGCUGAGAAAGGACCCCCCAGUUGUACAGGAGUACGAUGUGCCGGUCUUCGCCCAGUGCAAAGACCAUUUUAUCAAAUCUCAGUGGGAUCUCACCACUCAACAGAUCCUGCCCUAUAUUGAUGGAUUUAGACACAUCCAAAAAAUCUCUGCUGAAGCGGAUGUAGAGCUGAAUCUUGUUCGCAUUGCUGUGCAGAAUCUCCUGUACUAUGGCGUCGUGACUUUGGUCUCUAUUUACCAGUAUUCCAAUGUCUAUUGUACCACCCCCAAAGUCCAGAGCCUCAUCGAUGACAAGUCCGUUCAGGAGGAGUGCCUCAACUACGUCACUAAGCAGGGUCAGAAGCGUGCCAGUCUGAGAGAUGUGUUCCAGCUGUACUGUGGUCUGAGUCCAGGAACCACAGUCCGAGACCUUUGUUCUCGCUACUCGCAGCAGCUUCAAAGGGUCGAUGAGAGGAGGCUGAUCCAGUUUGGACUGAUGAAGUCUCUUAUUCGACGACUGCAGAAAUAUCCGGUGAAGGUGAUCCGCGAUGAGAGGAGCAGGCCGCCUCGACUCUUUACCGGUUGUCAUAGUUAUGAUGAGAUCUGCUGCAAAACAGGGAUUAGUUACCAGGAGCUGGACGAACGUUUGGAAAAUGAUCCCAACAUCGUGGUUUGCUGGAAGUGAUUUGACAUGAACUGAACUGAAAACAGAGCAACAGCCAUCAGACUGAAAAAUACAGACAUGCCUCAACCAAAGAUGCCUUUAGUGAGAGGAAUAACAGUGAAAAGUGAUGUUGUAUUUUGUCAUUUUUAUGUUAUGGUUUUUUUUUUUAACUAAUCUCUUCAUCAAGAAUUGGCAUACAGUUCUGUUUAGGUCAAGUGAGGAAGGUGAUAUUUAUUAAUAUUGUACAUAAGAAAAUCUGUAAUUAAUAAAAGAGAUUAUACCACA